AUGACAGACCUACAGCAGCGGCCAUAUGUGCCAGCGAAGCAGCCAAACACAAGAUAUCCACUCAUUGACAAUGAUCCCCAUUUCAAGCGAGUUGUCAAAUAUGCGCGACCUGAAGACUAUGCAAAAGGAGGUGCUAUGGCUGCCUUUGGCCCCGCCUUAAUGUUGCUUUGGGAAAAGCUAUCUCCAUCAUAUGUUUCCAAGGGGAGCUUUGCGUCUAUCAUGCGACUCAGCUGCACUAUUGGGGCAGGCGCGGGAUUCCUCUACUUUUACGAAAACUCAAUUUUGCGGUUCUACGGGGUGGAAGAAAACAAAAGAGAGGUGGAAAGAGAUAUGCGGGAAAUGGUCGAUAAAGUCAAGAGGAACGAGCCAUUGUAUGGAAAAUCGAGCCUCACCCCAUACAUGCAAGGCGUGGCUUCACGUAAUUCGCGGUAUAGCGGCAUCUGGCUCCAUGUCAUUCCCUGGUUCAAUUUUGUCAACCAUGAUCAGCACGGCGUCGACACGGCUAAAUACUACAGACAGGCAGAAAGAGAGCUUGCUGCAGAGCAAGCCGGCAGCAAAUAA